CGCUUGUCUAUCAGAUAACCGUCGCUAAGAGAGAUGAUGCUCUUUUCUGCUAGGCCUAGGGGCCUACCCUAAAAUCAUCCUGAAAUAUGAUUUUAUUUUUCAAUUUAACAUAAAAUUACACUAGCAAAAGUGGCCAUAUCUUAAGGCCAAGUGAUGUCACGCAGUGUUCCUUGGAGACGGACUAUAACUGAUGCAGUUUCUUGGCGACAAGAUCAAGCUCAAAAUGCUACCAUAUACAUUUUGAGAGAGAUAGGUCCUACUGGAUUCCUCUUAAAAGAAGAAGGAGAAAUUAAAAAGUUUAAAGUUUUUCUAGGGGAUCCAAAUAAGUGUACAUGUCCUGUGUUCAGCAAAGAAAGAGACUUGUGCAAGCACAUAUGCUGGAUAUUAUUAAAGAAGUUUAGAAUUCCAAGGCAGAAUCCAUUAACUUUUCAAGUCGGUCUUGUUGAGCGUGAGAUAAACGAAAUACUGCGUGGACAGACACAGCAUGAAGAGGUAAAGAGACACGUCACACGUAAACCUGUUGCUGGGCCUAAGAACCCCUAUGCAGGGGACAAAGAACAACUUGAACAACGACCAAUUACGCAAGAUGACGUGUGCCCUAUUUGUCAAGACGAGUUAUUGGGAAAACAUGAACCAGUCACAUACUGCAGAUUUGGUUGUGCGAAGAGUGUGCAUAUCAAAUGUAUGAAGGUCUGGGCAGAGCAUCAAAGGUCAACUGGUGAGGAGAUCAUCAAAUGCCCUCUAUGUCGAGAACACUUCGGACCAAUUGAUGCCAUACAGGAAGAGUAUCGGAAUUCUUCUAUCCGGAAAACACGAGCAGAACGAUUAGACCUGCAUCUUGGCUCCACUUGUAAAAAAUGUGGUGUAGCACCAAUUGCUGGGAAGUGCUACAAGUGUUGUGUUUGCAUUGAGUACUAUCUUUGCCAUGCUUGCUUCUUGACCCCAACCCACAGAGACCAUGCCUUCCAGUUUAGACAGAAACCCAGUCAACGAUGGCGCCCAGCUCCAAGAUGCUCAGACGCUGCAUUGCCGCAAGCUGUCAUCGGUGAUAUGGAAAAUAGAGAGCUUACUGAUAAUGAUUAUGAGAUGCUACUUCAGCUUGAUAAUGAAACUGCCCACGCUCCAAGCACAGUGCCCGAGUCCUUCAUCAAAUCUCUGCCUUCGGAGAUGGUUCGGAACGGAUCUGGUCUCCUUGCCCCAGGAUCACAAUGCAGGGUUUGCCUACGGGCGUACAUCGUUGGAGAAAGAGUGCGACGGUUACCAUGUCAACAUAAGUUCCAUGCUGUAUGCAUUGACCCCUGGUUGCUGCACCAGCGUUCCACGUGCCCAAUUGAUGGGGCAACUGUGUAUAAUCCUCUUAUGGAAGCUUUGGCAAGAGAUGAGCGUAGGAAGAAAAAAAUGGGACAGAAGCAGACCGAUUCUGCAGAAAUGGUGCUAGGCAGGAUGAAUAAAAAGUCAAAUACUGGAUUUCGGCUGGGAGAAGAGCAGGUUGCAGAGGUCCAGGGCUUGGCUUCAACGUUUGCAUUGACAGGAAGCAGUAUCAUAAGCUCUAAAAGACCAAUGCCUGAAUCUACUAGCUUAGCUCAACGGAGUAGAAUGAAGAAAACAUCACCAGCAAAAUGGAGAUCUAGCAAUCAAAAAGGUGAUGUGAUGAAUUCAGAAUUCCUCAAUCCACUUGACAAUUCUUUUUUCCAAAACAAUCAUGAAAGAUCAAAUCAAGGAUUUAACAGAGAAAGACACUUGGGUGCUGAACAGUAUGGCAACUUGAUUGGCAUGGUUCAAUUAGCCAAUGAAGACACAGAUAUUGGGGAGCGGCAAUUUUAUGAACAUAGUGCUGAAUUAGACCGAAUAUUGCAUCCAUGUUCACGUAGAAGGAGUUCCUCUGAACGUAGUAGAGAUUGUACACCAGAGAGGGAGAUCCUGCAGACCAGAAUAGAGACAAUUCAAUUUGAUGGCAGCCAUCAGAGCAGUCAGAGGUCGUCUCACUGGCAGAGGAAGCCUCCAUUACCACCUGCAGGCACUGUAAAACAAUCAGUAAAGCCACAACCUCCGUCUAUCCCACUUCUUAGACAAGCUUCAAUUACCCCAGUGGGGAACCGACAGGGAAGUGGUUCCAUGUCUGCACCUCAUUACAGGCAGGCACAUUCGGAUGAAAGCCCCAGUAACAGUGAUUCAGAAAGAGGGAGGAGAAAAAAUAAAGGAAAAUUGAUACACAGGAGAAUCAGGAGUUCAAGUGCAGGGAGAAGAUUUUCUACAGAGCAUCUGCAUCCAGAACAAAUAAAUCAACAACAGGUUUUUGAAAAUAUGUUCCUAGGGUCAUCAACAGGAAAGACCCUUGUAGGGAGAAGCACUGAUGUCAGAACCAGACUAACAAGACCAUCAGCACACAGGCUACGAGGUGGAGAGUCUAACCUUGCAGCAGUAAACAGUGUAGACACUGGCCUGACUGAUAUGGACAUUGCUCUAACAGGUCAAAGAGUAGGAAGCCUGCAGUUGCAAGAUGAUGAUGAGGCAGAUCGAGGAAUGUAAUGCACAUGAUAAAAUAGAAAAAUUAACAGUAUUGUUGUGGCUGAGUCUUCUAAUCAUAAUUCCAAAUGGCAGUACAAUAGACUUUAUUUAUGGUGAUGGACGUUCUUCCGCUGCAAGACUAAUGCUUCAAUCAACGUGUCAAUGGGACUUUUUCUUUGAAUGUGGAUUGUAUUAGUGGGGAAAUGAGCAAAUUUCGGGGGAGUGGAGGUGGAGGGGAAUGCAGCUGGAGGAGAAUGCAGCUGGUGGGGAGCUACAUACUUUUUUCCAAGCUCUCCCUUAGAUACCGCACUGCUCUUCCACAAUCUUUUGCUUUGAUCAUCCCAAAGAUUUUAACUUGGUUUUAUAUUUAAGCAAAGCACCAUUUUCUGGAUGCCUUGAUUGUGUGUUACCAAAGAAUUUUAUUUCUGUCCAAGUCUUUUCGGUUGCAAUAAGUUAAUUAGAAGUACAAUAUAUACAAGUGGCAAUUUCGUUCAAAGAAAUACUGUAGUUGUUUUUAAAUAAAACGAUUUCUGAUACGAAAAUUCUCACAAUUCAUUACCCACCAAUUUAAGAGUCUUUAGGAAAUAUAUAGGGAAGGUAUUACUGUAUUUAAUCUGUUUGAAAGCCAAUAACUUCCUUAAAUAUAUACAGUACAAAGAUUGUUUAAACAAGUUUAUAAAUAAUAAAUAUUACAUCUAAUGAAACUAAUGAUGGUUAAAACUAUAUUUUUAAAUAAAACCUAGUGAUAAGUUCAUCUUUAC